GGUUAAUAUACUGUAUGGGGGAAAAGAAAGUCAUUUUAUCCGGUCACACUCCGCCAUCUAGGUCGCUUCGAAGAUCAGUGGUUGUCAGCAGUCGCUCUUCCGAAGUUGUUGUUGUGGCACUGUGAAGUCGCAUCCCUGAGAGAUAACCUCAUCUACACGUUGACGAAAAUCAAGAACCAAUAGGAUGUACAUAGAAAACCCAAUGGAAGUGUCUGUACCUGAUAUUAAGGAUCUCCUGGAAAGGGACACUUAUUUAAAACCAUAUGAACAGGAAAUUCGAAGGAGGUAUGGUUGCUACAAACAAUUAAAAGACAAAAUAGAAAAGGCAGAAGGAGGAUUGUUGAAGUUUGCCACAGGAUACAAGAACUUUGGAUUUCAUGUUAAUCCAGAUAACAGCAUCACAUGGAUGGAAUGGGCUCCUCUGGCCCAAGCGUUAUUUCUCAAAGGAGAUUUCAAUGACUGGAAUCUUACAUCCCAUCCAUUUAAAAAACUUGAUUUUGGUAAAUGGGAGAUAACAGUGCCCCCAAAGCCUGAUGGAACCUGCGCUAUCCCACAUCUUUCGAAAGUUAAGGUUGGGUUGUUGACUCAAGAGAACCAAAUGGUAGACAGAUUGUCUCCAUGGGCAAACUAUGUAGUAAAACCUGCAAAGACUGAGGGGCUUGCUUAUCAUCAGCUGUUCUGGAAUCCUCCUGUUGAAGAGCGUUACGUUUUCAAGCAUCCACGGCCAAGUAAACCAAAGAGUUUAAAAGUGUAUGAGUGCCACGUUGGCAUUGCCACCGAUCAGUACAGAGUCGGAACGUACAAAGAAUUUGCUCAAAAUGUUCUUCCAAGAAUCGUCAAAUUAGGUUACAAUGCCAUACAAGUAAUGGCAAUUAUGGAACAUGCAUAUUAUGCAAGUUUUGGAUACCAAGUAACAAGUUUCUUUGCUGCAUCAAGUCGUUAUGGGACACCCGAAGAACUGAAGGAGAUGGUAGAUGUAGCUCAUUCAAUGGGGCUCUAUGUCCUUCUUGAUGUCGUUCAUUCGCAUGCUUCUAAGAAUGUCCUUGAUGGUCUCAACGAGUUUGAUGGUUCAGAUUCUUGUUACUUCCAUGGAGGCCCACGAGGAACUCACUCACUUUGGGAUUCCAGAUUAUUCAACUAUUCACAUUGGGAAGUCCUGCGGUUUUUGCUGUCUAACUUGCAUUGGUACUUUGAGGAGUACAAGUUUGAUGGAUUCAGGUUUGAUGGUGUGACUUCCAUGCUGUAUCAUCACCACGGAAUUGGAGAGGGCUUCUCUGGAGGGUACCAUGAAUAUUUCGGCCUAAGUGUUGAUACCGAGGCUCUUGUUUAUUUGUUGUUGGCUAAUGACAUGCUUCAUAGCGCAAGUCCUGAUAUGAUUACCGUUGCAGAGGAUGUGUCUGGAAUGCCAGCAUUAUGUCGCCCUGUCAGUGAAGGUGGUGUUGGCUUUGACUUUCGUCUAGGAAUGGCUAUCCCUGACACUUGGAUAAAGUUCCUGAAGGAUCUAUCAGAUGAUGCCUGGGAUAUGGGCCACAUGUGCCAUAUACUUGAGAAUAGACGAUACCAAGAGAAGACCAUUGCUUAUGCCGAAUCACAUGACCAGGCUUUGGUUGGAGACAAAACUCUAGCCUUCUGGCUUAUGGAUAAGGAAAUGUACACACACAUGUCUGUCUUAUCAGACCAGUCACUUAUAAUAGACAGGGGAAUAGCUCUACAUAAGAUGAUUCGACUGAUUACUCAUGGAUUAGGUGGCGAAGGGUACCUGAAUUUUAUGGGCAAUGAAUUUGGACACCCAGAAUGGCUUGAUUUUCCUCGGAUAGGAAAUCAGGAGAGUUACCAUUAUGCCCGUAGGCAGUGGAAUGUGGUUGAUGAUGAACUUCUUAAGUACAAAUUCCUGAACAAUUUUGAUGCUAGCAUGAACAAGGUGGAAGACCAGUAUGGAUGGUUGCAUGCUGAUCCCGGUUUUGUUAGCACCAAACACAACGGAGAUAAAGUUGUAGUGUUUGAACGAGGAGGCUGCGUGUUUGUAUUCAAUUUUCACCCAAAUAAAAGUUUCAGUGAUUACAAGAUUGGGGUAGGAAGUAGUGGAAAGUAUAAAAUUGUACUUGAUUCUGACGCUGAGGAGUUUGGCGGCCAUAAACGUUUGGAUCACUCGGUCGAGUUCUUUACAAAGCAAGAAGAUUUUAAUGGAAGGCCAAAUAGUUUGAUGAUAUACAUCCCAAGUAGAGUCGCUGUUGUGUUGGCAAAAGUAGACUGAGGCCUUUAUUGACAUGGUAGGUUGUACUGUUAGAAUUUACUGUACUCGCACUUGUUAUCAUUUUGUAAGUAUAGCUUUACGUUGUGCAAUAAAGAAGAUUUUAUU